AUGGGAAGCACAAGUGCUGUCAUCUAUAAUCUACAGCUCAACAAUACCCACUGCUUUAAAUCUCUUAAUUCAAACACAAAUCAUAGAACUUCUCUGCAUAUCCAGCAAGGAAGACCCAAGUUGGGUGUUUCAUAUAGGAGGGACUUCAAAAAGUUCAGCAGAGUGGUGUGUUUUGCUGUUGAAGAUGUCACAGAAAAGCAACAGCAAUUGGGUGGCGGCGGGAUUAGUGGUGUUGGUUCAGCUCUUGAGGAUAGGCCCGGGGUGGUUGAUGGUGUAAGUGAAGAUACAUUUCAGAAUGAUGACCCAGAAAAUGGCGGAAGUGCUCUUUAUAAUAUCCUUUAUCCUAAUAAAGAGCUCCUUCCGGAUGAUAAAGAAAUGAGUAUCUUUGAUCAUUUAGAGGAGCUGCGUCAGAGACUCUUUGUGUCAGUUUUGGCAGUUGGUGCUGCUAUUUUGGGAUGCUUUGCUUAUUCAAAGGAACUUAUAAUGAUUCUUGAAGCUCCUGUCAGAACGCAGGGGGUUCGAUUUCUUCAAUUAGCCCCUGGCGAGUUUUUCUUCACAACUUUAAAGGUUAGAAUAAAUUCUGUAUUCUGUCUUCAGUAUUAUACGUCUGCUCAUAGAGAUCAUACAUUCCUUUUAUAA